UAAGACGGGCUUUGGCUUCUCUCCCUUUAGCGUUCUCCUGCUCUCGGUUUGGGGUGAGAGCACCCUUCCUGACGGUCUCCGGGAACUGCGCGCUGGCUGCAAUGGGGCCGCAUUUUACCCUCCUGUUUUCGGCGCUGGCCGGUUGCCUGCUUCCUGCCGAGGGCUGUGUCAUCUGUGACCCGUCUGUCGUGCUGGCGCUAAAGUCCUUGGAGAAGGAUUACCUGCCUGGCCACCUGGAUGCGAGCCUUCACAAAACCUUAAUGGAUAAAGUAGAGAAGGCCGUGGCAGAUUUCCAGAAUCUGUCGCUUGCUGAGGAUGCCUAUAUGGGGGUCAUCGAUGAGGACACACUGCAAAAGGCUUCCUGGAGUUUGCUGAAGGAUCUGAAACGCAUCACAGACAGUGACGUAAAAGACAAUCUCUUCGCGAAGGAGCUAUUUUGGAUGUUGCACCUGCAAAAGGAAGCCCUUGCCACCUCUGUUGCUCGAUUCCAAAGAGAGGCUUAUUGUCCCAAUCAAUGUGGUAUGAUGCUGCAGACUCUGAUCUGGUGCAUGAACUGCAAAAAGGAGGUUCACGCUUGCCGAAAGUCCUACGAUUGUGGGGAGCGCAACGUGGAGGUUCCACAUAUGGAAGACAUGAUCCUGGACUGUGAGUUAAACUGGCACAAGGCUUCCGAGGGCCUCACUGAUUACAGCUUUUACAGGGUUUGGGGGAACAAUACUGAGACCUUGGUGUCCAAGGGGAAAGAGCCCACCCUGACCAAGCCCAUGGUGGGUCCAGAGGAUGCAGGUGACUACCGCUGCGAGCUGGGCACCGUGAAUUCCAGCCCAGCCACCAUCAUCCUUUUUCACGUCACAGUGUUGCCCAAAAGGGUCCAGGAGGAAAACCCGUCUCCAAACAUCGUAACCCUGGGGGAGGCCAGCCCUACUCAGAUCUCCGAGAUGACCUCGGAGUCGUCCAUAACCCUCCAGCCUCCGAAGCCAGACAGCAUGCUGAAAGGCCGCCUUCUGGGGCUGCUGAUCUGGGGCUCCGUAGCACUGUUAAUUGGCCUUACCUUUGCGAUAUCUUGUCGAAGGAAGGUGAUCGAUUUCAUCAAGUCCUCACUGUUCGGCCUUGGUAGUGGAGCCGACGAGCAACCCCAGGUCCCCAAAGAACAGGACACAGAUUCGAUGGACCAAUAAAGAUUUAUCUUGUUGUCUAAGCAUC